GCAAGAGAAAGAUACCCGCGCACAAACAAACGUAAACAACAAUUGUUUUAAAAAAUGAAGGAUUCUCUAGCCACGUUUAGCUUACCUUGGGUCGAAAAGUAUCGUCCUGAGAAGUUAGAUGAUCUCAUAGCUCACGAGGAUAUUAUUCGCACUAUCAACAAGUUCAUAAAAGAAGAUCGACUACCUCACCUACUCUUCUAUGGGCCUCCUGGAACUGGGAAGACGUCGACCAUCCUGGCUUGUGCCAAGCAAAUUUACUCGCCGGUGGAAUUUGGAAGCAUGGUCCUAGAAUUAAAUGCUUCAGAUGACAGGGGCAUUGGAGUUGUGAGAGAGCAAAUAUUGAACUUUGCUAGUACAAGAACCAUUUUCAAGUCUGGCUUUAAACUUAUAAUUUUGGAUGAAGCAGAUGCCAUGACUAAUGAUGCCCAAAACGCACUUAGGAGAGUGAUUGAGAAGUUCACUGAAAACACUAGAUUCUGCCUGAUUUGUAACUACCUGUCGAAGAUAACUCCUGCUAUACAGUCUCGCUGCACUAGAUUUCGUUUUGGGCCCCUUACGAAUCAACAAAUAUUACCUCGGUUGGAGCAUGUUAUAGAGCUUGAGAAGCUAAAUGUUACUGAGGAUGGCAGAAAAGCCUUGAUAGAUCUGGCGCAAGGUGAUAUGAGAAAAGUUCUUAAUGUUCUUCAGUGUGCUUCCUUGGCUUUUGAUGUAAUAAAUGAAGACAAUGUUUAUGCGUGUGUGGGUCACCCUCUAAAAUCAGACAUCAGUAAAAUUGUCAAUUGGCUUUUGAAUGAUGAUUUUGUUUCUGCAUUUAAAAAUAUAAAUCAUAUGAAAACCACAAAAGGCUUAGCUCUUCAAGAUAUUCUAACUCAAGUUCAUUUGUACGUCCAUAGAAUUGAGUUAGCUGUGGAAGUAAAGAUUCAUUUGUUAGAAAAAAUGGCAUCAAUAGAAGAUCAUAUCGCUGCUGGAGCAAAUGAAAAAAUUCAGCUAAGUGCCCUUAUAGCAGCUUUUCAGAUGGCUAGAGAGAUGGUGUCCUAAUGGUUUUUGUUUUCUUUUUGUAUUUUAGACAUAAUAAAUAUUCUUGUACGUU